AUGGCAUACAAGAAGGUUGGACCUCCUCCUAAAAGUUUACCACCGUUGCCUCGGUUGAAACUUCGUAAGCCAACCGUUGCGAAGACCACGAACCAAUGUUACGUACUUAUGCUGAAUUUGUUGAAUUGUUGGGCGUCUAACGGAGAAGGUUCGUCCCUGUGCAAGGCUUUGGAAAAUGAUUUGAAGUCUUGUAUGGAAACCUUCAAGCCCCAACCGGAGAGAUUAUCGUCGAUCAACUAUCACGCUCAACGGUUGUACCCUAAGUUGAGAGGUAAGGUUAACGAUUAA